AUGGCUGAAUCAAAGGAAGUCGACUACUCGGUUACGCAUCCGGAUAACAUCACAAAGUUCAAGGUUGCCGCUGGAAUCUCGGAGAAGGUCCUUGCCGCUGUGACUAAGCUCUGUGUCGCCGGAGAGAAGAUUGUCACCAUCUGCCAAAAGGGCGACAAGCUCAUUGAGGAAGAGGUCGCCAAGGUCUACCGCACCACCAAGCUAAAGGGUUUCGCGCACCCGACCACCGUCUCGCCCUCUUCCUAUGUCACACCCUACACUCCACUGUCCACCGACGCCGAGGCCCUCGAGCUCCAGCCCGGCGAGGCUGUCAAGGUCCAGCUCGGUGCGCAGAUCGAUGGUUUCGGCUCGAUUGUCUGCGAUACCAUCAUCGUCCAGCCCAAGGACAGCUCCGAAGAUACCGUCACCGGUCGAACUGCCGAUCUGAUGCUGGCCACUUACUACGCCAACGAGCUUAUGCUGCGGCUCAUGAUGCCCCCCGGCUUGCUGGCAGGUGGAUCCGACGAGGAAAAGGCAAAGGCGGCUGCCGUCAAGCCUCCCACACAGUCCAAGAUUACCUCCCUCCUGGACAAGGUCGCCAAGAGCUACGAAUGCAACCUAGUGGAGAGCACUACAUCAUGGCUGUUUGAGCGCAACGAGAUUGAAGGCAAGAAGAAGAUUGUCGUUGCCCCGGCAGAGGGUACCAAGGGCGACGGUAUACCGGAAAUCGGUGAAGUUUGGGGUGUCGAGACGGGCCUAAGUCUGUCAUCUGGCAAAGUCAAGAAUCUGGACCAGCGAGCAACCCUACACCGUCGAACAGCAAACACCUACAUCUUGAAGUCGCAAAACGCCCGCAAGACUCUAUCGAGCAUCCAGACCAAGUUUGGCACCUUCCCUUUCAGCAUGAGACAACUCGAGGAGGAAGGAGGCGACGUCAAAUACAAGGCUGGCGUCCUUGACGGUGUUCGUCAGGGCGUUUUGCGGCAGUAUGACCCGUCCGGCGACAAGGAGGGUGCCCCAGUGGCCAGGCUAUUGACUACGUUCGCUAUCACCAAGAACGGUAUCACGAAACUUGGUACUCCCCCCGCGCUAGACGUGAGCAAAUUCAAGUCGGAUAAAAAGAUCACAGACGAGGAGAUCUUGAAGAUCCUGGAGCAGCCGUUGGCCAGAAACAAGGGUAAGAGCAAGAACAAGAAGAAGAAGAAGCCCGCGAAGAAGGCAGCCAAGCCCAAGGAGGAAGAGGAGGAGGACAGCGAGGAGGACAGCGACGACGAGUAA